AUGCCCCGAAGCCCCCAUCUGGACGGAGAGCUAACCCCAGGAUUACUCCGAAAAAAGACGCUUCAGAUUCGGUUCUCGGUUCCCUUGUUGGACCAGACCUCGAUUGUACGUCACCUGUGGUGCCUUCUCUGCCGCGAGUACAUAGAACAAGUGCGGUCAACGAAUCCCAUUGUUCGUCGGCCAGAGACAUGUACGAGUACAGCAAGUAAUACGGCGCUGGUUGUCGGCCGCGUUUGGCACACGCCUGCAUUCAUGGCCCCACGACUGUGCAACCGACCCAGCAGAUAUCCUCAACCGUCCUGCAAGGGCAGCAAACUCACAUGUGCCGCUGCGUGUGACGAGGCUAGCGGUGCAGAGGAGAAAGUAGAUGCAGCGCACUAUUUGCUGCGACAGCCAGUCAUUGAGUGCCUCGUAGCUGACGGCGGGGAUGAGGAUUCGAUCAAUGCAGCAGGAGAGUGCUGCAAGCUGCACAAGGGUAACGGUAAUAGCAGCCAUCUUGCGACAAUAGCUGGCACGCAAACGACUGAGCUGAAUGACGAUGGAGAAGCCGUAAUUGCGUUCUACUCCGUGCUCGACCCAACAUCGAACACAGACGAAACCGGCGAUGCCUCUCGCUAG